AUGGAACGGUCCACACUUCCGUCAGGGACCGUUGAAACUCGCACAUGCUGGUUCUAUGAGCCAGCGGAGAAACUGCGUGCUGCUUUACAAAGCCAUCUCCAGCCCUCGCUUGAACAUGUCUCGUCCCCUGGGAGUGGUAAGCAGUCAUUGCCCCCUAGUACCAAUGAGCGAUUAACAAGACCUGUGAAUACACAAUGCUCUAGAGGAUUUGACCCUUGCACAUCGGUCCGUACAAAUGACCAUACGGGUGGAUCUGAGGGUUUAGUUCUUGACACAGAUUGCCCCAUCAUAACGCGGACCUCCUGGAAUGAUCGGAUCGUACGGAACGAUGAUCAGGACGUUCACCUGGUCUCAUCACCCAAGACCGAUUCCUCGACGAUCUUGCGAGGAUAUUAUUUCGCUCAUACAUGUCGCAUCCUCUCCGGAUUUGACUCGCCAACGAAUCCGCUGCGCGAAUGGGUUUCGACGCUCUCCACGCAGAAUGCCGUGGUCCAUUUCUGCGUGCUGUCCAUCUCCGCCGCCCACCUCUCGCAACAGCAAAAGUAUCCCGAACUGAGCAUGCUGGCUUUGAGCCAUCACACGGACGUGCUCUCAAGCCUUGCGGCCGCAGUUGCGAAUCUAGAUGCGCGGUCUUUGUCCCUUGAGCCCGAGUCGGUUGUGAGGUCCCCUCAAUCAUCGGCGGCGGCAUUGCUUCUCGGGAUCAUCAUGUUCGGCAUGACCUCGUCGUGGCAUGAUCCUUCCUCCCUCGGUUCGCAGCACCUCCAAGCGGCCCGGGCGAUUUUCCAGGGGCUAUAUUCCGAACGAGUCGGCGCUCGAUCUUCAUUCCUCCCGGCUUUGACGUCUUUCGUCGUGGACCAACGAGACCUAUGUCCGGCCGCCUACCUCCUGCCGCUCUGUACCCCGAAUGAACCGUGGGGCUUGAUAAACCCCUGGAGCGGGCUCUCGACCAGACUGUUCAUUCACCUAUCUGAGGUGGGUGCUAUUGCUCGACAGCUCCAUCAUCUACGGUGGAAGAUUUCAUCGUCAUCGUCAUCUCCUACCAGGGCGGCCUCGAAGACAGCACUUUCCCUUCCCGACGCAAGACAACCACUGCUGUCGCAGGCAAGACAUCUCGAAACCUUGUUCACUGAGUAUCGUCUCCCCGCCUCGGAAUCGGUCCCUGAGACGGGCGAUCCGUCUGCCCCGGUCCCACAUUUCCGGAUUCUCGCGCGUGUGUACCAGCUCGCGGCCCUGCUGGAGCUCUACCGGAUGUUCCCCGAGUUACUCGUACGGCGUCAAAGACCAUCGCUGUCGGGGCGGGAAAGGGUCCCUGAACUAGACGACAUCGAUUCCGAAUCGCACAGCAGCCAGUUGAACUCCCUAGCAAUCACGAUUCUUGCCCUGAUCGCGUCGAUCCCCGAGACCUCCGGCACGCGCGCGACGCAGAUGCUAGCGCUCGUGAUUGCGGGCAGUACCCUCCGGCGUCCGAGAACCGGCGACGAUGGAGGAACCGUUUCGGCAGGCGGUCACCGUGUGUUUGCAUUUGCGCCGACACCGGCAGCGGAGAUCGAGCAUUGGCGGUCGUUUGUAGCGUCUCGACUCCAAAACCUGGUCUGCUAUGUCGGGUUACACGCUGUGCAGCAGGCGGGCUUGAUUGUCAGGGAGUCGUGGAUAAGAGCGGACCAGGCGGUACCUGUGUGCGGGAGGGGGCUUCCGAUCGUACAUUGGAUUGAUGUUAUGGCUGAGCGAGGGCUUGAAACUAUUCUAGGUUAA